AAAAAACGCUCGUCUCGGCUGUGUGCCGCGGGCGCCGAGCCCGCAAGGAGGCUAGGAUAGAAAAAAUGAUUUUUAGAAAAAAUUCAACAAUAUGGGCAACACCACACGGGGUAGGCUGUUGCUUUCUGGCGUUCUGCGCGUGUACGCAGCUCCUAGCCAAGCCGCGCGCGCACAGGCGCGUGGCCCGCGUCCUACAGCCAAGGUCGCCUGCUUGCGAAAUUUUUAGCCGCGCGCGUCCGCGGACGGCGCUGUUUGCGCUAUCAGACUGUUGCUCCUCUGAGCCGCGGCCAUACACGAGAGAGGCAGGAGAGAGAGGCCCAGAUCACGAACCUACCACGCCCGCAGGUCGCGCGCCGCCGUCGUGGGCCGCGUCGCCCUCUCGACAAGCAUAUACCAAGACGCGCGCGGACCCGUAAAAAAUGGGCGCCAUUCAGGGCAAGUUGGUGAAGGUCAGCAUACCUGUGUUGAAAUAGAUUUUCGACGUCGACGACGUGAUGAUGACGUCCCGCGCAGGUGCCUACUCCCAAGGAGGUAAAAUCGGAACUCGAAGGCAAGUUCAUCGACGUCGUUCGUUCGCCGUGGCACAAGAAGCGCUACAAGGUCCUGGGCUACGACUCAGACACCGACCUGUACACGUGCGCCCCGACGAAAGUAGAAGGCCCGCUCGAGCACAUCAAACUGAAGGCCGAGAACAUCACGGUCUAUGUGGAUGUGAUCCCGGUGGAGGAGUCCUCCGAGUCCGAGGGCGAUCCCAUGUCCGAGGACGAGGAGGACGACGACGACGACGAGGAGGAGGAGGAGGUGUCUGCGCCGUUCACGGCGGAGGACGUCCGAAUGAUGAAACAGCCUGAAUUGCGGGCGCACUGUGUUACUUACGACCUCAAACGGGACACAGUGCCCAAGAUGAAGGAAGCGCUGAUGAACAAAUUUGGACUCAAAGGGUCCAACCUCUCCGAUCAUCAGCAGAAGGUCGAGGAAAAAAGAAAAGCCACGGCUGCCUUCUUCCAAUUACCAAUUGUCGUGGCCAUCAUCUCUACAAUUAGCAAUUUCAAUCCCAAGAACCCACGCCAUGCGGAACUCUUCAUGAAGGAGUACCGCAAGAAGGAGGGUAAAGGUACGGCUCGGAGCAGAAAAUAAACUUGAACGUGAUGCGGUCGCCGCGACGCGUCGACGCGGUCUUUGGAGCGUCUGCACGCGUCGUGAGACGCGGUCGUCGCGACGGCCUUCGACGUGGCCGCCGUGAUGCCGUCGAGCGGGUCGCGAGAAUAUUGUGAUUCGUGAGACGCGGUCGUCGAGACGCGUCGGCGCGGUCGCGAGAGCGCCCACGCACGUCGCGAGAGCUCCGGCAACGCUUCUUCCGCGCGCAGGUCCUGCCGAGUACGUGGACCCCGUGUCCAUCAACGGCCAGUUGUGGAACGUUCGCUUCCAUAGUAGAGAUAGGAAUCUGAUUCUAGAGCGGGCCAAGGAGCGGCGCGAGGACAUGUCGCCCGAGAAGCGCCAGGCGAAAAGAGACGCCGUCAACAACUAUCAUGAAAGGGUCACGAAACCGAAGCGGGCCGCCGAGGGCAAGCCUUUACGCAACGACGGUGCUAGUGGUGGAAACAAGGCCUCCCAAGCUUUGAAGUGGCCGUUCCUUAUCUACCUUACUGCCAUGUGCCAGGCAGGCCAGCAUGCCAAAGCCUACGACCAUUUGUGGGCCGUCUUCACUCAGGGCGGCCCGUCUACUUUUGAUCCAAAGGACCCCGCUCGCUGUGGCUCGCGCAACACGCGGGUCGCGGGCUGGGUGAUGCAGCUCGUGGCGGCCUUUACUCAGAACUUGGCUUUAAGUGUUAUUGACGGAGAAGGCCCUUCUUUUGGCUUGAUUGCUCUUUACUAUGAGAUUGGUAUGUGCUUUGGUCCCGCCCGGGCCUGCUACGACCAGCUCUUCACUAAGCUUUUGUCGUCGCGGGGUCUUCCGAAGUUUUGUCGCUUCGACAAUGGCAAGACGCGCAAGUACCGCACUCCCCUAGCAGACAAUCGCGCCGACGAACUCCAGAAGUUCUUAGAUGAAUUAGAGGCCUACCUCAAGCAGAAGGGCGGCUCCAUCCUGGGCUACUGGGGCGGUGGAGAGAAACAUUUUCUGGACGCUCAUCUUGAUGACGCUCAGUCUUUUACUGUUAUGAAUCUUCUGGAAGCGAUCCGCUACAUGCUCGACCUCGAACUAAAUGGCGCCGUCCCGCGGGGCCACCCCCUAUUUAAUUGCCGCGACGGCGUCUGCCUUUCUACCGAAUGCAUUGGACCCGUGUUCUGCGGCCACAUCAAGCAGACCCCGACUUUCAAGGCGCACCACGGAGGCUAUGACUCCGUCGUGACGCGCGAAUUUGUUAUUGGCCUUUGUGCGGCGGCUGAACGCGCGCGCCUCGGAAAGGCGGACCUCACGUGGAACGGCAAGGUGUUAGAUGUGGCGGCGGUGCGCGCGGGCUGGACGGCGGGCGAGGACACGGGCUACAAGCGGGAGGGUGAGCGCAAGAAGCGGGCCCGCCGCGGCAAGUGAGCAUCACGGCCCUUCGUUUCUUAAUUCGCCGAGCACACGUUGUCAUUACAUCAUUUGAAGCUCUUACAUAUAUAUCAUCCGCGACGUGCGCUUCACGUCGUCGCGACGGCACAAAUAGUAAAGUGCCAGCAGCCCAGCCGUUCGUGCUGCCGCUCAUAGCUGCCGCGUCGGGCCUUCGUCGUUGGCGCUGAGCAUUACAUAGAGCGGAGGAUGCCGCGUAACAUCUAUAUUAUAC